AUGGCACAAUACGCAGCUCAAUCUGAGCGUCUUUGGCUAGAGCCAUUGACCGUAGAGAAACAUCUCGAUGGCUAUCACAAAAUGAUCUCUGAUCCGCGAGCUAUUUCAUGGACAAAACCAAGCGAGUCCAUCGCGGAGAGUAAAGCAUACAUGAUUGAAAGAACACCGAACCCCGAAAAGCCGUGGAUUGAGAACUAUGCAAUUCUACUUCGGCCGACAACACCUACCUCCGCCGAUCAAAAGCCUGAGCUGAUUGGCGCAAUUGGAGUGAUAAGAGUCGAAACUGGGCACGGCGCGGAAAUUGGUUAUGGUAUACAUGCUGGUUAUCACGGUAAAGGAUUUGCUACUGAAGCUAUGAAGCUAUUUUUGGGGCUAUACUGGAGUAAAGAGAGAGAGGGAGACUGGAACACAUUGUUAGCGGCUAUAGACCCCGAGAAUAUUGCCAGUCAGAGAGUAGUAAAGAAGGUGGGUUUUAAAGAAGGAGACUUGCAAGAUGAAGAACACGAAGUAUGGGUCAAAGGGGGCAAGGAGAAGAAACCUAUCCUAUCCGAGCCUCGUAUCGCGGAAUGGUCCACCCGAGCACCAAAUACUCAACUCGAGCAGACAAAAGGAAGGAUCUUAGAGAGUAUGUCCAGCGUCCAAUUUCCAAUGUGGGCAAUCAUGGCUCCGACAACAUCGUCCGUUCCAGCAUCUGUGGCGGAUAAGAGAGAAGGGCAAGAGAUGGAAAUGAUUGGUAUCAUCGGAAUAUCCCAUAAACCAGAGAAUGUGGGGUAUAAGAUUCAUCCAGAUCAUUGGGGUAAGGGGUACAUGACAGAAGCUUUGAGAUUGUUUGUAGAGAUGUUCUGGAAUCUUGAAGAAAAGAAGUCCUUGUCACAAAUUAUAGCGGCUUAUACUCCCGGUAAUGAUGCCAGUGCUAGAGUGCUCGAGAAAGUGGGUUUCAAGACUGGGAAACUACUCCGCGGGGAGAUUGAGUUAUGGUUUGAUCGUGGUCAAAACCGGAAAAGCGAUAUUCAAUGCAUGUACAUAGAUCGUCCUGGGUCUAAUGAGUAA